AUAUUUCCCUCUUUUCACUAUCCCCUCUCUAACAAAGAUGCAAUUCAUUCAUUAUUUUGUUGGUCUCUGCGCCAUUCACAUGGCACUUGCAGCUCCAAUUGUUGUCACAAGGGUCCAUACAGCUGAUGCCGUCACUGUCACUGAGACAUAUGAUACGACUACAAAUACUCAUACUGCGCCAACAGUUGAGAUUCUUGUUAGUGAUGGCGUCUCUUACACGUUCACUCUCGAUACACCAGAGAAAACUUUCUCUACAGCACAAACUGCCACCACAACAAACACAGUCACCACUUUGACACCAUCCACUACAUCUACUAAUGCCUUCACUGUUGGAACAGUAAGUAGUACCACUGCGGUUACUACUAGUGAGACUGAUAAUGGUGCAACUGCCGGUGAUAACGCUCAAACUACGACUCAAGAUACUACCACAGCACCACAGACCACUGCUACUACUAGUGAGACUGAUAAUGCUACUCCAACUGCUGGGACCACAACAACCUCAUCAACAGCGGAGGCAACUUCUACUGCAACUUCUGGAAAGCUCCCGUUGCCAAGCGCCAUUGUCUAUUCCCCUUACAACAAUGACAACAGUUGUAAAGAUUACGCAACUGUUCUCACAGAUUUGACUAUGAUCGCAGGAACUGGUAUUAAGAGCAUCCGUGUUUAUGGUACUGAUUGCGGAUCUAUCCAAACCAUCGAAAACGCAGCCGUCAAUGUUGGUUUGAAGAUUAACCAAGGUUUCUGGAUCACAUCUGACGGUGUUGAUUCGAUUGAUGAUGGUGUUACUGAGCUCAUUGAAUGGGCUACCUCAAACUCAUGGGACGUUUUCGACUACAUCACUGUUGGUAACGAGGCUAUUCUAUCUGGAUAUGCUACAGUUGACGAGUUGAUUAGUAAAAUUGCAGAAGUUAGAGCGAAAUUGGAAGCUGCGGGUUACACUGGUGAAAUCACUACAUCUGAGCCACCUGUAACUUUCCAAAACAACCCAUCCUUGUGUAAUGAUGCCUCAAUCGACUUUGUUGGUGUUAAUCCACAUCCAUAUUUCGACACUUAUUCAAGUGCAUCCACUGCUGGUACCUUCGUCAAGGGACAGGUUGAGAUCGUUGCUGGAUACUGUUCAAAGCCAAUUGUUGUCACUGAGACUGGCUAUCCAUCUGCUGGUGAUGUGAAUGGUGGCAAUGUUCCAAGUCCAGCAAAUCAAAAGCUUGCACUUCAAGAGAUUUUGAGUGAAAUGGACAACGCUGUAACAAUCCUGACGACGUUCAAUGACUACUGGAAAGAUCCAGGUCAGUACGGUAUCGAACAAUCAUUCGGGUCUAUCCAGUACUGGCAAUGA